GGCCGGAGAGGCCUUGCGGGCACAGCCGCGGAGGCUCGGUAGGCUCCUAGGGCUCCUGCCGGGUCGGAGCCCGGGACCUGCGAGCGCCCGCCACCCGCGCCCCGCCCCCGCCGCGCCGGGCCGACGAAAUGACCGUUAAGAAGUAGAUGCCCAGAUGCAAAAGUGAUGAAACAGUCAAUUUGUCAUAAAGUAAGAUGCAGCUGUGGCUUUGCAACAAGAUUAGAACAAAAUUGUAUCUAUUUUUCUCAGAAGAGUGUUCCACAAGAGAAAACAGAAAUGAGAGGAAUCUGGUUUAAAUUGCAGUACAAGGAAUUUAGAUUAGACAUAAAGAGUUUCCAGAAAAUAAAGUACCAGAUAUUGAAGUGAUUUUCACCUUUCGCUUCUGAGCCUUUCACUAGUGGGAAGAAACAGAAGAGAGCUCAGAAGUCGUGGAGAGUAUCUGAGGCAUCGUGUCCCAAAGUCAAAGGCAAGAUGCCACCAUCCAUGGGUUAUGCUCACUCCAGGAGUGCUGUGGCCUAUCAGUUAGGUGGAACUCAGAAUGUGUUUUCUUGUAGAAAGUAUCCUUUUAAAUGAGGCACAUAACGUUGUUUAACCCCUGAUACAACUGGCAUGCUGGAUGUUUGCACUGAAAAACAGUAAAAGCAAGCAAAAACUUCACAGUCCUUGGCAGUACUAAUAAUCAAAGUAAUUAAAACAGUAAACCUGAAUAUAUAUUGAAUCCUCAAAAAGAGGUCUGGAGAGGAUUCUGGGAAGAUGGCAGAGCAGGAGGUGUCAGGAAUUUGUCUCCACACCUAGGCGACAGUUGUACUGGCAGAAUCUGAUCUAACUGUUUUGGAACUCUGGAGUUAUUGAAGAAUUGCAACUGCCAAGAGAAGGCUCGGAUGUAAAUUGAAAUCAAUUUUGGUCGGUUUCAGCUCUUAGCACAGUAGCAGCUACCCACCUCCCCCACCCUCAGACCUAGGCAGGCAGCUCCCCAUCCCCGGCUCCCAGGCCGGUGCAGCUUACACCCAGCUUGAGAGCCAGGGUAGGCAAGAAGGGCCCUCUCCUCUGAAUUUUAGGAAUCUGUGCUUGGAGGCUGCUGCUCCUCAUCACGGAGGUCAGACGUUGUUGCACCUCUCCCAUCGUCGUCGGCUUCUCUCCUUCCUGCCGAAGUGACUUCCAGGGAUUUAAAGGGCUAACACCCUUUUUUGCUCUGUUCAUUUUCCUCUUUUUCCCCUUUUGGGAGCCGGACGUUAAAGACUAGGACAUUGAAAAAACAGUCACAUGUACAGGGAAAGUUAGGAGGUGACCAUGCAUGUCCAGAAAAGGCUCAGAAAAGACCUGAGAAGACACUAGAGGCUGGCCAUUGGCACAGAGACAUCCUACAACAGUCAAAAAAAUAAAAACAAUAGCAAAAAUGGCAAGCCCUGGGGACGGGGAGAGUCUGAUUUCCAGACUUACCACAUUAUUAGAUUCAAAUGUCCAGUGUGCAACAAAAAAUCACAAGGCCAAGAAACAGGAGGAAAGUAUGGACCAUUUGAAGGAAAAAAAUUAAUCAACAGAAACUGUCCCUGAAAAAGACCUUAAGGCAGAUGUAUUAGGCAAAGACUUUAAAACAACUGUUUUAAGUAUGCUUACAGACCUAAAAGAAGGUGGGGAAAAGUCAGGAAGACAAUGUAUGAAGAAAAGAAUAUUGAUGAAGAGAGAAAACCGAAAAAGAAACCAAACAGAAAUUCUGGAGCUGAAUAGUAAAACAACUAAAAUGAAAAAUUCAGUAGAAGGAUUCGGAGGCAGAUGUGAACAGGCAGAAUACAGAAUCAGCAAACUUGCAGAUAGGACAGUGGAAAUUACCAAGUCUGAGGAACAGAAAGAAAUGUGAUUGAAGAAAAGUGAACAGAGCCUAAGAGACCGAUGGGACACCAUCAAGUGGACCAACGUACAUAUUGUGAGAGUCCUAGAAACAAAGAGAGACAUUUGAAGAAAUAAUGACUGAAGACUGUCCAAAUGUGAUGAAAGACAUGAAUAUAAACAUCCAAGGAACUCAUCGCUCUCCAAGUAAGAUUAACUCAGAGAUACCACCAAGACACAUUAUAAUCAAAGUUCCAAAAGCCAAAGAUGAGGAAUCUUGAAAGCAGCAAGAGAGAAGCAGUCAAUCACAUAGGAAGCAUCCUCGAUAAGAUUAUCAGCAAAUUGCUCAUCAGAAACUUUGGAGGCCAGAUGGCAAUGGGCUGAUAUAUUCAGAGUGCUAAAGGAAAACAACUGUCAACCAAGAAUUCUGUAUUCAAAAAUGAGGGAGAAAUUACGACAUUUCCAGAUAAGCAAAAGCUGAGAGAGUUCCUGACCACUAGACCUGCCCUGCAGGAAGAGCUGAAGGGAGUCCUGCAGGGUGAAGGAAAGGAUGCCAGACAGUAUCUUGAAGCCGGAUGGAGAAGUAGAGAUCUCAAUAAAGGUUAGGCCAGCAAACAAAGACAACAUGGUGUUUUGAAGUAUGAUUGAACUCCUGAUGCUGCAGCAGAGGCUAGGAGUAUUAAUGGCCAGAUCUAGUGUUCACAUGGUCUUCUGAAGAAGCCAUGGGUAGCUGUUGUAGCUGUCCAGAUAAAGACACUGUCCCAGAUAACCAUCGGAACAAGUUUAAGGUCAUUAAUGUGGAUGAUGAUGGGAAUGAGCUAGGUUCUGGCAUAAUGGAACUUACAGACACAGAACUGAUUUUAUACACUCGCAAGCGUGACUCGGUGAAAUGGCAUUACCUCUGCCUGCGACGCUAUGGCUAUGAUUCGAAUCUCUUUUCAUUUGAAAGUGGUCGAAGGUGUCAAACUGGACAAGGGAUCUUUGCCUUUAAGUGUGCCCGUGCAGAAGAGUUAUUUAACAUGUUGCAGGAGAUUAUGCAAAAUAAUAGUAUAAAUGUGGUGGAAGAGCCGGUUGUAGAAAGGAAUAAUCAUCAGACAGAAUUGGAAGUCCCCAGAACACCUCGAACACCUACAACUCCAGGAUUUGCUGCUCAGAGCCUGCCUAACGGGUGUCCCCGAUACCCCUCCUUUGGAGACGCCUCGUCCCGUCCCUCCAGCAGACACCCCUCUGUGGGAAGUGCCCGCCUGCCCUCCGUUGGGGAGGAGUCUACACACCCUUUGCUUGUGGCUGAGGAACAAGUGCACACCUAUGUCAACACUACAGGUGUGCAAGAAGAGCGGAAAAACCGCACAAGUGUGCAUGUCCCAUUGGAGGCAAGGAUUUCUAAUGCUGAAAGCAAUACACCAAAAGAAGAACCAAGUAAUAUUGAGGACAGGGACCCUCAGAUUCUUCUUGAACCCGAAGGAGUCAAAUUUGUCUUAGGACCAACCCCUGUUCAAAAGCAAUUAAUGGAAAAAGAGAAACUGGAGCAACUCGGAAGAGAUCCAGUCAGUGGAGGUGGUGCAAAUAGCACAGACUGGGACACUGGCUAUGACAGUGAUGAACGAAGAGAUGCACCUGCAGUCAGUAAGCUGGUGUAUGAAAAUAUAAAUGGGCUAUCCAUCCCUAGUGCCUCAGGGGUCAGGAGGGGUCGUCUGACAUCCACCAGUACCUCAGAUACCCAGAAUAUCAACAACUCAGCUCAGAGAAGAACUGCAUUGUUAAACUAUGAAAAUUUACCAUCUUUGCCUCCUGUUUGGGAAGCCCGCAAGCUAAGUAGGGAUGAAGACGACAAUUUAGGACCAAAGACCCCAUCUCUAAAUGGCUACCAUAGUAAUCUAGAUCCAAUGCACAACUAUGUAAAUACAGAGAAUGUCACAGUGCCGGCAAGUGCUCACAAGGUCGAAUAUUCACGGCGUCGGGACUGUACACCCACAGUCUUUAACUUUGAUAUCAGACGCCCAAGUUUAGAACACAGGCAGCUCAACUACAUACAGGUUGAUUUGGAAGGUGGCAGUGACUCUGACAACCCCCAGACUCCGAAGACGCCUACCACUCCCCUUCCACAAACCCCUACUCGGCGCACAGAGCUGUACGCUGUGAUCGACAUCGAGAGGACUGCCGCCAUGUCGAACCUGCAGAGAGCUCUGCCUCGAGACGAUGGCACGUCUAGGAAAACGAGACACAAUAGUACUGACCUGCCCAUGUGAGCCUGGGAAGCAUUAUGUUGUUUGCACCUUUGUGAAGUUUUUAAAAAGGAAGAUGCAAGUGCUUCAUUUUCAUUUCUAAACACUAACUCCUUUUAUAGACUUGAUAAAAUUUUUUUCUGAAUAUUUCAUGUGCUUCUUUAACUAAAGGGAAUUAAUAUAGAGCAGGUACUCAUUAAAGAACACUAAUUUCAUUAUCUACUACUCAUUAUUGUACAGCAGCAUUCCCAUUUUCACAGUGCCUAUUUAAAAUGAGAGUUGAAGUGAGUGACAUGCUGGUUGAUUUUUAUCAAUAUUAUGGACUUAUGCAUAUCAUUCAUGUUGAAGUCAUGGUUGGCAUUUGAAACAUUUUAUAAAACCUCUUGGUAAUGUGCAGUGCUAACAAAUAACUCUAGGCUUUGAAGGUACUAUUUGUAGAUUCACUCUUCAUGGUAUGUGGCCCCCAGCAUGUAAUACGAGGAAUCCUUUAUUUCAUUAAUUGUAGGCUUUUUGACUUGAGCCAAAACAGAUGGAAAGGAAGUAAAAGCACCACACCUCUGUGGAUGCCAGUCAGUUCCUUGCCUUCAGUGUUACUAGAAAGAGUCCUGUUUCCGUGAAUGCGGUUUGCUGUUGGUGUGUUGAAAGGCAGGAAGGAGACAAGAUUUUCUGUUCACUCAUCUCAUGAUGUCAUUUGAAGGGCAUGCCCAGAUUCUUAAUCAGAAUUACAAUAGGCUCAAGAAUCAGUCUCAGGUCACUUUAAAAGCAUUUGAAAAUCUGAACCAUGAUCUCUUGACAGUCCUUCUCUUGUGGAUUAUUAGCAGAAACAUUGUUUUCCAGAGGCGUUUUUGCCACUAGGUUGCCGUUUACCUUCCCUUUUUUCCUUUGGUGUUGGGGUGUCUUAUUUUGUUGCUUAAUGUCUUUUUCAAUUUGAAAUGUUUGAGUUUGUAUAUAGUUUUGAAAUUGGAUUGUGUGUUCAUUGUUGUUGAAUUUGCAUUUUUGUCCAUUUGUGGUUUUGAAGGUUCAUUUGGAAGUUGCUGUUAUCUACAACAGGGUUGCCCUUGUCCAGUAUUUAUUUAUAUGCUGUUUACUUUUCAAGUUGAUAAAAGCAUUCUCUCAAUUCUGAAUUUCACUUGUGUCCAUAGGUGAUCUCUUUAGCAGCUGAGGGAAAAAAGGAAGCUGUGUGUAGCAUGCAGAGUCCCUGAAGGUACUGUUGUUUCCUGGGUGGGCGCCCUCCCCAGCACCUUAGGAGUGCGUCCCUUAGUACCACACUGCAGUCGUCGCGCCCAGCGCAGUGCUCCUGGCUCUGUGUCCUUGCGCUCACGACUGGAGCUUAGAUUAUCCCUUGAUUUCAGUAGAAUGGUAAGACUAUUGCCAGCCUAGCAGGUACAGUGGAAGUCUUGUAGCAAUGAGAUUGUGUCAUAAUUUAGGAUUUAAAAUGAAUUGAAGUUUAUAUAAACUGAUGUGAAUCCAUAUGUCUAACUCUUGGAAAAGCAAAAUUUUCCAGUUUCCCAAACACUAGAGAAUACAAGAGAAAGUAGAGUGGAAAGAAGAUUAGGUAACCUCGCAAAAUAUUUUACUGUUUUCUCUAAACAUGAGGAAGUUUGAAAUUAUGAUCGGGAUCUACAGAUGUAACUAAGGUUAAUUUCGCUUGAAAUACAGCAUCCAACCUGUUCAGUAAAGAACCUAAUUAUAGAACAGUGAAUGGAUUAGCAGAAUAAUAGAGUGGGACCAUUAUAAAGAAGGUAAAUUAUUAAAGGUGUCUUUACCCUUUUCAGUGCUGUUGGUUUACGUGCAUAGCAGAAUCUUCUUUUCUCCCUGUGAACUUGGUGCUUACUAAAGUGCUCACUCUUCUGUCAAAAGAGAACAGUGGUAUAGGUGGGCCGUUUCCACUUUUAAUAUAUUGUCCCAUUUAUGCUUGCUUCGGAGUAGAUUGCUAAUCGUGCCAAAUUUAUGUGAUGAUUUUUGUAAUGUAGAAUAAGAAUUAUGAUGGAACCAGUACACCUGGUUUUCUCCAAAACAAGCAGUCAAGAAGAACAUUAACCUCCAAAUGAAAGGGCUGACCUAUUUAUUCAUUUUGGAGGUUGGAUACUUCAUUUUCUUUCUUUUGCUCAUCCUUUCCAUUUUUCCUUCCAGAUUCUAAUUAGUUUUUAUAUUUUUUAGGUAACUCCAAUAUAAUCAUUGCAGUUUAUGCUUUAAAUGCUGUGUGCUUUAAAAAUGAAAAUGGGACCAAUUUGUCUGCUAAGAAUUUGGUUUUAGGUACUAUGAGUAUUAGGAAGAUGUAUACAACUGGUGUUAAUUUCUAGAUGUCUCUGGAAAUCACCUGUGUUCCUAUUUAAUAAAAAGUAAUGUGGAACACUCCUUGUCCUUUGCAGUAGUCUAGUAUUGGGCAUUAAGCUCUGUGCUGGAAUAAUGUACUUAUUACUAGGUGCAUUUUAGAAUGAGAUAUUUUAUUGGGAUGUAAUUGUGGCCAUAUGUUUCAGAAUUUCUGAGACAGACCUAAUUUUAGAUAUUCUGUUCCGUUGAUAGACCAUGUGAUCCCACUUUCUGGUUUUAGAAAAAUAGUCAUUGUUCAUAUGUCUUUCCCAAAAUAGAGUCCUCUUUUAUUCAUAUAGAUCAUAACAGCUUUUAUCCCAGACCAGGGUUGGAAACUCAUGUGGGUAUGACCUGUGUUUUUUCUUAGUGUGUUUUAUUUCCCAGUUUCAUCUUCCUUUAAAAAUGAAAAUAUGGUGCCUUCCCUCCCUCCAGGAAGAUUGGCAAAUAGUUCCUAUUAUUUACUGCUGCUGUGGAGUGAUGAGAAAUGCACUUUACUCGUGAAGAUUCAGCAAAAAGCUUUUCACUUCCCAGUAUAUCCAGAGUAGAUCACAUUUGGGACUUAUGAAAAUUUGCCAAGCAGUCUUUGUUUUUAUAGUUAUUAAUGUUGACCCCACAGUUCAAUAUUAUGUCAGGCUACUGUUUGUUUAUUCUCCCCCUCCCCAAAAAAAAAAUCUGUGGCACAGCAAAUAAAAUGUACCUCAAUAAUGUUCUAUUAAAAGUGGGACGGGGCCUUAUGUUUUCAUAAUUUCCCAGUAAUGUGCCACCAUAGUCUUGCCUCAAGGUGAGGUUUUAACAACCAUAAAAGUACUUCCCACUACCCCCCGUGCUGUUCCUAACCCUUAAUACCCGUGUUUUGUGCAAUGUGUAGUGUGUGUGUAAAUAUAUAUGUGUGUGCACAUAUAUAUCUCCACACAUCCUUGAAAUAGACAUGCCAUCAGAGACGACAUUCAGAAGUACCUGAUGUACGGGCAUCUCAUUCAUACUUCUGAUAUGUGAGGUAUAUGGUACUAAUUACCUUUUCCCUCAUGUUUGCCAAAUUUGAAUAAAGGCAUUGGUACGAAAUUACAGAAUGUAUAGAAAAUGUUUUGGGCUUGAAAAAUUAACAAAUAUUUUAUGACAUACCACAGUGUACUCUCCCCAAACCAGCACCCUAUCUAACUUUCCUGUUCUUUACAUCCCUUUUCCCAUCCCUAGUCCCUUGUUUUUUGGGGGUGUAACACAGUUCUUUUGUAGCAGCGUUACAAUUGCAGUGCUGUGACAGUUGGACCAUAAUAGCAUGGAAAUGGACUGCUAUUAAAAGUACAGUAGUCACCGCUGUGCCACCUCUGCAUUAGUAAAUGCAGAAUAUGCAUUCUAGAAAGGAUAAAUUUUGUUAUGUUUUUAUUUUCCUUACGUUGUAUAAUAUUGUAAGAUUAUUGUAUGUCCUAAUUUGCAUUAUAAAUGUUUUUUCCUACGUAAAGGCAUAAAUAUAGCAACUUUGUAUAAAGGUAGCUUAUUAGAGUUUUAAUUUUUCUUUUAUAAAAAAUUGUCUAACAGUGGGACUACCAUUGCCAAAUUGUAUAUGAAAUAUGAAUUUUACCCCCUAUGGUUAGUUUCUUUUAUAAACAUUCCAUAUUUCUCUAAUAAAAGACAUAAGUGAUACUGUA